AUGGGUUCCGGCGAAACUCGCUUCAACAUGGGAUCCAUAGCCGCCCUGUUGAGCGACGACCAACAAGGAAGUAUAAGAACUGUUACACCGGAUUCUGCGUCUGAUGUCGGUAACCAGUCAUCUCUUUCUGAGUCCGACUACUUGUCCACCAACCCUAGUGUCUCUCCGCGCUCCACCGCUCGGUCAAGGAACACACAUUGGGAGCGCCGUCGGGAGUUUAGUCCCUAUCUUUCUGCUAUCGAAACAGAUGACCUAUCAAGUGAUCUGAGAAACCAGCGAGCUCGAUCAAGGACGACUACUUUGGAGGAACAAAGGAGCGAAAUAUCGCCACAAUUUUUGUCUAGGGCGAGAAAUAGGAUUGGCUCGCUGAACACUACAGCGGCUUCCACAGACCCGAAAGUUUCUGAGGAAUCCGUAGGGUCUAUAGGCUACCCCUCGGUCGUACAAUCCCCAACCAAUUCAGGCCAAAUCAGUACUCGACAACGCUCAUCCAAAGCACCCUCGGGUGGGCCUGCGAUGAUCACGGGGGUUUCUAGGAACCCGGCUGCAUUCGUAUCCCCAUUAUCUAAUGCUGAUUCUGCCAAAAUCCUUCAAUUGAUGAAGACAACAUGCGGACGAAUGCAUGGUAUUCUAUCCUUCCGAACUGCCACAAGUACUCAAUGGACUUCUGGCUACUGUGCAAUAAACGUUGCCACCGGUAGCUUGAUCUAUCAAGCUAAGGGGGAAGUGGCCAUGGCAAAGACCUUGAUUCCUGAUCUUCGGGGAUGUCAUGUCCAGACACAGUUUGACACCGAGCUUCAAUCCACAUAUCUUAGCGUUUCGACAUUUUCAUCAGGGUUGGGUAUCCAACUUAAGCCUCAUGUCAACGAAACAUUCGACUCGUGGCUAGCAGCAUUAUUAUGCUGGCAGCCUAUACGCCCGAAAGGCGUGCAGAAUAAGAGAACAAAGCCUCAGUCGGUGGCAAUCGGCGACCGCCGCUUUUCUGAGCGGCGACGAAACUCCGAGAGCACAGUACAAAAGGAGGCAGCUAUAAUCAAAGUUGGAAAAAUGCACCUCUGGGAAAAACCAAGCGCUUCUGGAGCGCGUCCUGAAUCUGGUUGGCAACCAUCUGCUGCAUACAGACAACAAAAAUCCUAUUCCUCAGCAUGGCAGAGGGUGAGCUGUACAUUACAGGAAAAUGGCCAUUUCAAGCUAUUCACAGAAACAGAUGUGUCGCUAUUGGCAGUCAUUCAUCUUUCGCAAUUAUCUCGAUGUGCUAUUCAACAACUGGAACCAUCUGUUUUGGGUGAUGAAUAUUGCAUUGCUAUAUAUCCUCAAUAUGCUGCGCUAUCUGUAUCAGAAACUGUCUCGCGACCAGUUUUCCUUUCCCUGGAGAGCAGGGUCUUAUUUGAGGUGUGGUUUGUCCUCUUGCGCGCGUUUACCAUACCGGAGUUGUACGGACCUGAGACCGCUACUGGCGACGAUCCGAAUCGAUCACAGAACCUGGUCAACCCUGCAACCACGUCAACAACUGAUAUGUUUCGGAUCGAGAGAACGCUGUCACUUCGUAUCACCGAAGCAAGGCUGACGGGCAAGCACAGUGGCAACGACGAUUCGCCGAAAAACAAAAAACCUACAAAUCCUACCAAUAAGGCUUAUGUUAGUGAUUACUACACCGAGGUCCUUUUGGAUGGGGAAACAAGAGCCAAAACGGCAGUUAAACAGAGGACAUCAAACCCCUUUUGGAGAGAAGAGUUUUCCUUCUACGAUUUACCUCCGAUUCUCUCUAAUGCAUCUAUUCAUUUGAAAACCUUAAACCCCGCACAAAAGGACUGGACGAUUAUUGCUCAUGGUCCUUACAAUCUCGAUGCUCAGGCGAAUUCUUUGAGUGUUCUUGAUGAUCUCGAGUUGGCGUCGCAUGACGCAACCUCCGGUCGAGUUGAUCUACGCCUAGAUGACCUCGAAGUAGGAGUUGACCAUGAGAAGUGGUGGGCAAUCAUCGACGACAGGGAUCAGGUUUUGGGGGAUAUGUACAUGAAAAUCCGAGUAGAGGAGAUGAUUGUCUUGAUGUCUCAUGAAUACGAGCCUAUGUCAGAGCUUCUUCAUACGUUUCCGAACAACCUUACGAUAAACAUGAUUCAACUCGUGCCAACAGAACUUAGCCGCAUGUCUGAAAUCCUCCUUAACAUUUUCCAGGUAUCCGGCCAAGCCGCAGAUUGGAUUUCAGCCCUCGUAGAGGAUGAAAUCGAUGGGCUUGAUAGAGAUACCAGUACAACCGUUCAUAAUCGGUUCCGGUAUGCCACAAGGCUACAUUCGAACGACUCAAAGGAGUCUGGACAGGACCGCGAGGCUAUUCUGAGAGACCUUGGGCGCUCUGCGACUGUCGAAGCCAACCUGCUAUUUCGAGGGAACUCUCUACUGACCAAGGCUGUCGACAUGCAUAUGAGGCGCUUAGGGAAGGACUAUCUUGAGGAAACGAUUGGGGAACGAAUCCGUGACCUUGAUGAAAGUGACCCAGAUUGCGAGGUGGAUCCUGUCAAGCUUCGUUUGAACCGGACAGAUGAUUUGGAACGCAACUGGCGGAACCUUAUUGGGCUCACCAGCCUAUUUUGGAAAUCAAUUGCGGCCUCGGCUUCAAGAUGUCCUCCGGAGCUUCGACGUAUUUUCCGACAUGUGAGAGCCUGUGCGGAGGACCGUUAUGGCGAUUUCUUACGCUCAGUUACUUACAGCAGCGUCUCGGGGUUCCUGUUCCUUCGAUUUUUCUGUCCCGCCAUCCUGAAUCCUAAACUGUUUGGUUUAUUGAAAGAUCACCCACGACCUCGUGCUCAACGCACUUUGACACUUAUUGCCAAGGCUCUUCAAGGGUUAGCAAAUAUGACAACCUUUGGUAGCAAAGAACCGUGGAUGGAACCCAUGAAUAAAUUUCUACUUUCAAACCGUUCCGCUUUCAAGGAGUUCGUGGAUGCCAUCUGUGCGAUCCCAGCAGAGAGACCGGCGCAAAUAGUUACGCCACAAUAUGCCACACCCAUUCAGAUCUUAGGCCGGUUACCUGCGACAUCUCGUGAAGGGUUUCCAAGUCUUCCUUUCCUUAUUGAUCACGCUAGAAGUUUUGCGGCACUUACCAAAUUAUGGCUACAAAAAGCUCCUGAAAAGCUACAUGAAUUGGAGGAUGUUGAUCCAAGUGUAGCCAAGUUCCAUGCGCUCGCUCUAGAGCUUCAGUCACGGACGAAGGAAUGCUUUGGCAAGGCAGAGCAAGCCGAACGGCCAAGCGGAAAUCUUGAAAUGAAAUGGGAGGAAUUAGUGGAAUCGAUGGACCGAUCCAUAACUUUCUAUGACGACAACUCAAAGCCGACCACCCCCGCUACCGAGACACCACUAACAGCUCCUGCAAUCGUCUCCAACCAUCGCAACUCUAUUGGCUACUUUCCGUCGAGACCAUCACUUCCACGCCGGUCAACCGACACUGCUGGAGACGGUGAUGAAGACACACCACCGAGCUCUUCGUCCGCAACUUGGGAGCAUUAUCGUCUGCCGUUCGCAGUGGGUAGGUCUUCGGAACCUCGUGAGAGUGUUACCAGCUCUAGGAAUUCAUCACAGUAUUCGUUGGAAUACUCAGAAAACCCGAAGAGCCGAGGAAAGGAGUCGUCAAACAAGCUACGGAUUCUCGACCUUGUCCCAGGGCCAUCGAGACGUAAGAACAAGGAUUUGUUAAACAAUGCAUAA